GUCAAUAGAACAGCCGUACUUUGAGCACAUUUCAGUGUUUGGAUACGUGCUUAUUGCAGCAUUUUUAUUUUGUACCGGUCUUCUCAUGUAUUAAUAAUUUUUCGAAAUUGUUGAAUUGGGUUUUCACAAAGGCACAGUUAUGUGUCGCGACACUAAAAUAGAAGACACGUUGCCAAUUUAUUCGUUGGACGAAAUCAGCAAACACAACUCGAAGACUGAUCGCUGGAUCGCAAUCGAUGGGCUAGUGUAUGACGUCACACAGUGGAGUCGGCGGCAUCCCGGGGGUGAGAAACUAUUGGCAAAUCAUGCGGGGGAGGAUGCCACGGAUGCUUGGGUUGCUUUCCAUGACAACAAGGAGAAAGUUCAAAAGUACUUGAAAUCGCUGCAAAUUGGGGAAGUCCGACAAGAAGACCAAAAAGAAUCGGAGUUGGAUCGUGACUGGCGCGAGCUCCGGAGGAAGUCUGAAGAGAUGAACCUGUUUGAUCGGAGCGUUCCAUUCUUCCUCGUGUACGGGGGACAGAUCUUCUUCUUCGAGCUUCUCGGCUGGCUCACCCUCUACUACUUCGGCACUGGCUGGAUACCGUACAUUGUGAGCGCCCUCUUCCUUGUCACGGCACAGCAACAAGCCGGUUGGUUACAGCAUGACUUUGGCCACCUGGCCGUGUUCAGAUCACUCAGGUGGAACCACAUAGCGCAUAUAUUCCUCAUGAACUACUUUAAAGGUGUUUCUUCCGAGUGGUGGAAUUACAGACACUACCAACAUCAUGCAAAACCAAACAUCGUGAGGAAAGAUCCUGAUGUUCGACUCGAGAUGGUCCACAUGAUAGGGAAGACAAUCCCAGUUGAGUGGGGGAAAAAGAAGAAAGGUUAUUUGCCUUAUCAACAUCAACAUAAAUAUUUUUAUUUCAUUUUACCUCCAUUGCUUCUACCCAUAUAUUUCAACUUUGAAGUUCCUUUCUUUUUACUAAAGAGAAAACUGUGGAUGGAGGCGUGUAUAACUGUAACAUUCUUCAUCCGGUGGGAAAUCAUGUUUUCAUCGUUUCUAGGAUAUGGGGGUGCUUUAUUAUACUACUUAUUUGUACGGUUUCUAGAGAGUCACUGGUUUGUGUGGACGACCCAGAUGAACCAUAUACCGAUGGAGGUGGACCACGAGAAGCACCGCGACUGGGUCCCCAUGCAGCUCGCGGCCACCUGUAAUGUUGACAGCUCGCUCUUCAACGACUGGUUCACCGGACAUCUCAACUUCCAGAUCGAGCACCAUUUGUUUCCGACCAUGCCACGACACAACUACAUCAAAAUUCAGCCCCUUGUGAAAAGUUUGUGCAAGAAACAUGGACUAAACUAUGAAUCAAAACCUUUGUUGAAAGCUUUCCAAGACAUUGUCGGGUCACUGAAAAAAUCCGGUGAACUCUGGUAUGAAGCUUACAACCUAUGAGCAUCCCUGUGUUUGAAACAAUCAAAACCAGAACACUGUUAUAGCUGUAUCACUGACUAGCCAAUCUAAUGAACAAAUAGAUUAUCAUCACUUUGUUACAAGGUCUCACCGAAGACUUGAUUUUUUCUUGGAGUCACUGAUGUAAAAUUUUCUUCAUGACACCAAAUGGGCUUUCAGUGUCCUUUUCUUUUCUUUUCUGGUUGUUUUUUUUUUCAGUGUUUUACCGGUGAACCUAAAUUUAUUUUAAUUGGAACUUGGAUUGCAAUUUUUUUGGACAAUUCUGGUUCAUGGUCUGUUAUUGUGAUGCAAAAUACUGAACAUUUGUUGAUGCAAAAAACAACAACUUUUUAAACAAAAAUCAAGUUGGUUAAUUGGAUGAACAACUGUGAGUCCGGCAUUAUAUAAAUUUGCUACCGGUGAGAACAUUAAGUUUUAGCCUGCAAAUCAGGGGUUUUUUUGUUAUUUUAGUAUGUACCAAAAUACUGAAAUUCGGUUGUUGCCAAAAAAUUAUGUUGAUUGAUUGGAAUAAUGGCAGACCAUCAUGAUCUGAUAUAUAAAUUUGAUACCAGUGAAAAUAUACUGAAAUAAAACAA